AUGUCCGCUCCUAAGGGACCUAUUACCAAGUUCCCGGCCGAAGGCCUUCGCCAUGCGCGCAGGUUCAUUACAUCCCACAACAAGGAAGGCAAAGGUGUAUUUGCUGUUGAUGAUAAUGGGGACCACCACCGAAUCAUGGUGGAUGGGCUGGCGGUCGCAAACAUCAUUUACAGCACCUCUGGGAAUCCAGUGGACAUGAAUGAUGAUAAAGACCUGGUUUAUGCACGCGACAACGAGGUACGAUGUGUUGUUCGUUUGAUUGACUUUGGCCCAGGCGUGGAAUCACCCAUUCACCGUGCCUUGUCAAUUGAUUACGGCAUCGUGGUGGAAGGAGCUUUCGAGCUCACACUUGACAGUGGCGAGAAGAAGUUGAUGUUGCCUGGUGACAUGAGUGUGAACCGAGGCUGCAUGCAUAUGUGGAAGAACUUAGACGAAAACCGACCGGGACGCAUGUUAUUCGUCCUGCUCGAUGUGACUCCGACGAAGGUAAAUGGGGAAGAGAUUACUGAGCACUUGGGGAUUUUGGAAAAGGACUACGCGGAUGUGAAGCAGUGA